AUGACUAAAAUCUCAGCAGCAGAUAGUGAUUGGAGCAUUCACGUCCAGGAAAAGCGCCAGCAACUGGAACUCCAAAUUCCCGCCGAAUGGCGACUAAGCGAGGCAUUUCUUUCUUCAUUGCCAAAGAAUGGGCAUUUACUUGAAGCAGACAUCUCUCGACGCACGGGUAUUUUUUCAGAACAAGAGCUACAGAUCACAGAGAAUUAUUCCGCUGUGCAACUCUUGCAGAAGCUCGCUAGAGGCGAGUUCAGUUCACUGGCAACGUCAUGCCUCACCGAACACUUCUUUGCUCGAGCUCUCGAGCGCGCUCAGUAUCUGGAUGAGUAUCGGAAGCGGGAAGGAAAAGUGAUGGGACCAUUGCAUGGGCUUCCAAUCAGUCUCAAGGAUAGUUUCUGCGUCGAGGGGGUUCAAACAACAAUAGGAUAUGUCUCUUUCCUUGGAAAUCCCCCGGCAGCCUCCAACGCCGCGUUGGUCGAUGUAUUGCUGGAUUUGGGAGCCGUGCUAUAUGUGAAGACCAAUAUUCCCCAGACCAUGAUGACUGCAGACUCGGAGAAUAACAUCUACAAUCGUACAUUGAACCCUCACAAUACGAACCUGACUGCCGGAGGUUCCACCGGUGGUGAAGGAGCUCUGGUUGCAUUUCGGGGCUCGAUUCUCGGGGUAGGUACUGACAUCGCCGGCUCCAUCCGCAUCCCAUCUCUCUGCUGCGGUGUGUAUGGCUUCAAACCAACCAGCAAUCGUAUCCCGUUUAGUGGACAAACGUCCGGAAGAAUGGAAGGAGUACCUGGUCUGACGCCAUCGGCGGGACCAUUGGCCCAGUCUCUUGAGGAUAUUGAGAUCUUCAUGACUACUGUUUUGAACUCGGAGCCCUGGCGCUACGACGUGACCGCCACUGCCACGUCGUGGAACAGACCCCAGACAGCAGGACGCUCGUUGCUAACCAUUGGAAUUCUUCCGGAGGAUCCUCAAUUCCCCCUUCAUCCCCCCGUCCGCCGUGCCUUGAAGUCUGCUAUUGCCGCCUUGUCCAAGAAAGGCCACCGAAUUCUGCAACUGGAGAGCGAUGCCUCACGGAACGUCGCUUAUGCCAGCCGUCUAGCCUUCCAAUACUUCACCUACGGACCGCAUAUCGACCAUAUCUCGCCAAGUGGCGAGCCACAGGUAGCAUCGCUCGCAAAGUCCUCCAGCCCCAUGUUCACCGGUACAUUCCCUGUGGAUCAGAAACUCGGAGUGUUUGAGAAGAUACAUGCAUUGCAUAUCGCGAGGAAGACAUACGCCGAUGCCUGGCGCAGAACUUGGGUUCAAAGCAAUCUCGAUAUUAUACUGGCACCAGGGGCGCAGAAUACUGCCGUGCCUCACGAUACGUACGGAUGGCCUCCAUAUACAGUGAUCUGGAAUCUUCUCGACUACCCCGCCUGUAUCAUACCCUAUGGUCGGGCUUCCAAGGAGCUUGACCCGGAGCCUAUGCUUGUGACCGACGGGGUGCAACCGAGUUAUGAACCGGAACUGGUUGAUGGAGCCCCUUGCGCCCUUCAAGUCAUUGCGCCUCGAUACAAGGAUGAGGAAUGUCUUCUUGCAGCAAAGGUAAUUGACCGAGACAUACGGGGAUAA